UAUCAGACAACUGAAGGUAAAAACAGCUGAUAAAAAAAAUACUGAAAGUAAAAACAGUAAUCAAAACGACCGGGUAAGAUGAGAGACAGCGUUGCGUCAGCGAAGGGUAAAGAGGUGACGUGUCAAGUCACGUGACCACAAUCACGUUCGAAAUACGAGACCAAAACGCGGAGAACCUCCAAAAGAGACGACGUAGACCCAAAGAAAGGUCAAAACUGUAAAUAUCAAGGAAGCUGUGGGUCCUAUUGUUGAGUGGCAGUGAGCUGUCAAACUGGGGACGAGCUCUUUCCUUUUUUUGUUGGGGGUUAAAUGGCAACGUGCGUUUUCAUGGGCUCUGACGCUGUUUGUCCCUCACUAUUGUAAGAUACUUUUAAUUUCCCAACAACAAAAACAUUUUUUUUGCCUCUAAAACAAAGUUGAUGGAAAAGCCGAUAAUGUAAAACUAAAAUGUGCCAGCUUUCAUGCUGCUGUUCGCCACACUCAUACAGCAAAGGACAUUCGAUACUAUUGAAGUUAUUGAUCCCUUGCAAAAUAAAUGUAUUGUUCUUUUUGGAGAGAAAAUAAAUGUAUUGUUUUAUAUAUUUUCUAUCUUAUUUCAAACUAAAAUUUACCGAAACCAAUUAUAAAAUGAAUUUAAGUGAAAUUUUCGGCAUAUUUUAACAUUACAAAAUUGUUGGAUUUUACAAUCAUAAGUUCAUUCUCAUUUUUUUUUAUAAAAGAGUACUUUGCAUUAAAAAAUAAUUAAAUCAAAAUAUAAAAAAUUAAUCUUAUUCCACGAUCACUAAAACACUAAUAACUUGAUAAGAAAACUUAGGUAUUAUUUUGUAAAAUUUAAAUGUAGUUUUAAGUAAUUCUUAAAAUACUAACUAACGUUUUUAGAAUUUCAAUUUACAAGUACAUUUCAAUCGUCACUAUGUGCGUUAUCUUGUACAUUUAAUUUAAUUUUAAUUUGAGUUGGGUUUGGUCAUCAUUUUAUAAAACAUUUUAUGAACGUUAUCAUGCCUCUGCCGCUUAGCUAACAAACUAUUGUCAACCGUUAUGUGAAUUAAUUAAUUUAAAUAAAUAAUAAUGGCUGGCAGAAAAUAAUAAUGCCAAUGCGAAAACACACAUAAUAUUUGCCAAGUUGGCUAGCGUAGAGCAUGCUAGAAAAAGAAGAAGAGAAUGCCAAAAUUACAAUUCAGACCCUUUACAUUACUGGUUACUGGACUAGACUCGUGGCCACACGAGUCGUUAUCAGUAAUCUGCCAAAGUACGGAUGAUUAUUUUGCUAAUUAAUUUAUUUGAUGGUUAGAGUUUUUUCGAAUUAUAAUAAUAAUUGAUCAUGAGAGAUUCCCAACGGCAGCAAGAAAAGAGCACGCCGUUGAAAUAAUAUUCAAAUGAGAGUCAUAUUAAAUCGACCGGUCAAAGGUCAAACGGGCAUUACUCUUUUCACUUUAUUUUGUUUAAAAAUGAUUCAAAUGAUAGGGAAUUUAAAUGCAAGUAGUUACGUUUGGUAUCUUAAAGUGCGAUUAAAGAAAGAACGAAAGAGAGGAAACUGGGCACGACGGUAAUAUAUUGUAGAAAUGUGGGUACAAGGGUAAUAAAGACGUUUUGUGUUAUUAUUACUAUUAAACAUGUUUUUUUCCUUCUUAACGGUCGUACGUUUAUUCACUUACCACAACGAAAAUAAUCAAGAAAGCCCUUAUAUAUUUUUAAAAAUAAUAAAACGUGACAUUACCUUUUUGUCAUUGAACGAUAACUAGGUUGAAGUGCAAGUUAACUAAAUUACAGACAUAACUAACUAUAUAAAGUUUAGGAAAAAGCUUAAAAUCUAAUUUUUUUUACUUUAGUUCACCUCAUUUUUUUUCGUGCUAAUAAUGGUUUUUAUUGUCAUUUUCUAAAAAACUAAAUAAUGAUUUAUAAGAUAUAUUUCCUCGUCAAUAUAAUUUUUUUUCUUAUUUAUUAUAGCAAAUGACAGAUUUCUUGUCCUCAAUUUUUUUUUGAACACCGUCCUCAAUUUUAUAUAAUAUGUUUUUUGACAAAUGUUUCUAACUGAGUAUGUAAUUUAAAUGGAUUUUUUGGCGACAAAAAUGAAAAAUUAAUUGAGAAAUUGUUUUUUUUAAUCAAAUUGAGAAAAAAACAUAUUUAGAAAACGAAACCGUCGACAUCCAAAAAGACGAGAGGGUAUAAUGUAAUUACACGAAUAUAUAAAUAAAUAUAUAUUCACCACUUCGCUUCCAACCCCUUCUCUCUCUGACUCUCUCCUUCCACUUUUGUCUCUCUCUCUCUCUCUCUUUGUCGUCAGUAUCACCCGCCGGCAAGAAACUCGAGUUUGAAUCGUUUGGACUGGGACCACCAGUUAGUUUAAAGGAGUAGAUAAGAAACAGAGCUAAGCAAUACAAGUGGAAAGAGAAGGUUGAUGAUGGUGAAAUGGAUUCGUUCUUGGUUAUCUAAUCGACUCAACUCUUUCUCGGAGUAGGAACUGUGUAUUUGGUUAGGUUCUUGUUCUAUGGGGAAGGUGGCGGUUGCGUUCACCUCGGCUGCGGUUGUGGCGGCUUGUUCAGUGGCGGCGGUGAUGGUGAGGAGGAGAGUGAAGAGCAGGAGGAAAUGGAGGACUGUGGUUGAGAUUUUGAAGGAGUUUGAGGAAGGCUGUGAUGCUCCUGUGGGGAGGUUGAGGCAGGUGGUGGACGCUAUGGCGGUGGAGAUGCACGCUGGUUUGGCUUCUGAAGGUGGCUCCAAGCUUAAAAUGCUUCUCACUUAUGUUCAUGAUUUGCCUAAUGGGACGGAGAAAGGAACUUAUUAUGCACUACACCUUGGAGGCACUUACUUUAGGAUCUUAAGGGUUCAUCUGGGUGGUGAGAGGUCAUACCUAGAUGUUCAAGAUGUUGAACGACACCCUAUACCUUCCCAUUUGAUGAAUAGCACCAGCGAGGUUCUUUUCAACUUUCUAGCCUUUUCAUUGGAAAGGUUUAUCCAAAAAGAAGGAAACGAAUCUAAUUCGCAAGGUGUUAAAAGGGAACUCGCAUUUACGUUUUCGUUCCCUGUCAAGCACACUUGUAUAUCUUCCGGAGUUCUAAUCAAAUGGACCAAAGGUUUUGAGAUUAGUGAAAUGGUUGGGAAAGACAUAGCUGAAUGUCUACAAGGAGCUCUAAACAGAAGAGGCCUUGAUAUCCACGUUGCAGCUCUUGUAAAUGAUACUGUUGGAGCACUGUCACUUGGAUACUAUCAUGAUCCAGACACGGUUGUUGCGGUUGUAUUCGGAACAGGUAGUAACGCGUGUUACUUGGAGCGAACCGACGCCAUAAUCAAGUGUCAGGGUCUGCUUACAACUUCUGGAAGCAUGGUGGUCAAUAUGGAGUGGGGAAAUUUUUGGUCCUCACAUCUGCCUAGAACUGCAUAUGACAUUGACUUGGAUGCAGAGAGUUCUAAUCCAAACGAUAUGGGAUUUGAGAAGAUGAUAGCAGGACUGUAUCUAGGUGACAUUGUUCGUAGAGUGAUUCUUCGCAUGUCACAAGAAUCUGAUAUCUUUGGACCUUCCUCUUCUGUGUUUUCUCAGCCUUACGUUCUGAGAACAAACUCAGUCUCAGCUAUGCAUGAAGACGACACACCUGAGUUACAAGAAGUAGCAAGAAUCUUGAAAGACUUAGGGGUAUCAGAUGUACCAUUGAAGGUGAGAAAGCUGAUGGUGAAAAUAUGCGACGUGGUGACACGAAGAGCAGGGAGGCUAGCAGCAGCGGGAAUAGCGGGGAUCUUGAAGAAGAUAGGUCGAGAUGGUGGAGGAGGAAUCACGAGCGGGAGGAGCAGAGGCGAAAUGCAGAUGCAGAGAAGAACAGUUGUUGCAGUAGAAGGAGGUUUGUACAUGAAGUACACCAUGUUUAGAGAAUACAUGGAGGAAGCUUUGGUUGAGAUUCUAGGAGAAGAAGUGAGUCAAUACGUCGUCGUUAAAGCCAUGGAAGAUGGUUCUAGCAUUGGCUCUGCUCUUCUCGUUGCCUCCUCUUUACAGUCAUGAUUAAUGUUUUUAUUAUAUAAUUGGUUUAUGUUGGUGAGUCUGUGCAUAUACACAUUUAUUCAAUAUUUGUUUGUUGUUAUUUUAUCAUUGUUAAAUAGACGCAUAUGUAUAAGCUUCCGUGUAAAUGUUUAGGAAGAACCUACUCAUCCACAUUAAAAGUAAUGUGAUCUUAUUUCAAGU